GCAAGUGCUCCGCGCGUACGUCUCCAAUCACCAUAAAUGCGUUCCUUACAUAAAAACCGGAAUCCCAGUUAAACUAUCAACAUGCGCUUGGUCUUUGGUCAACGCAGCUGCCGCCGCCUUCACCCGGCAACAGAUAAAAUAAUGCUCCACAAACGUAUCAGUAACGUCUUUGACGUCUGGUUAAGUUUAUGGAUGUUCUUUACAAAGAUCAGCGGACAAUGCCCUUUAUUAACGCGUCGCGCCGGCUCAUCCACAUUCUCAACCAUUAUUUCCCAUUUUUGGAUCGUGACCUUCACCAUUCUUCGCUGCGUCUAUCUGUGUCUCAUAACUGCUCCGUUAUUUUUCAGAGAUUUAACCGGCACUCUGGACAGUUUCAUCGAGAAUAUGUGUGCAAAGCUAGGCGAUGUCGUGGGAUUCGUCUCCGCCCUCUUUAUCGCGCUGGAAUGGAGGGGCAUCAGUAUAUGCAUCCAGCGGAUACGGAGCUACGAAGACGAAUACUUUGCACACCGCGAGACCAGUCUACUCGUCACAGUGACAGCUGUUUUACUGUCGGCGUUAUGUACAUUGGCGUACCAAGCGGCUACUUGGUUCCGCCUCUCACUGCAACGUUCCGCGACAAUCGAAGCGGAUUUCUGGGCGCUACACUACGGGGUCACCGUCUUCCGGACAUCCAGUUUUAUUAACUACGCUUGCGCCUUCCUCCAUGUGAUCCGUAUAUCCUCCGUAUACUGCAUCCUUGCCAUUUGUUUUCUGAUGUGUUUAACUGCCGGGCGGUUAUGCCGUCGCAUGAAGCAACGUCUCGGCGUUGUUAAAAACACCGAGCUUCUGGAUAAAAUUACACAGGACCAUGUCGGGAUAUGCCGGUGUAUUAAGAAGCUGUCCGGGCAUCUUGAUGUGUUUCUGCUGCUGUUCUAUCUGCACGCCACCAUGUGGAUUGUGUGGAUUAUUAACAGUGUAGCGGGGAGCAGUUCAACGGUGUAUGCAUCGGCCGGUGUGCAAAUACAGGGCGGAAUUGCGGUGUUGCUGGUUAUGCUGAUUAUAACAUUCGCUAUGAUUUACGUGCACGAGCAGGCGGACAUUUCUGAUGAAAUUCAAGAAAGGAUAGCUCAAGAAGCCGACGAUAGCAAAGUCACCAGGUUAUUGGCUGGUCUCCAUCGAAUAACGACCAAACCUACCGGUUUCUCAAUUGCUGGAAUCAUCCUAAUAAACCGACCCUUCAUUGCUACGAUGAUGGGCAUUUUGUUCUCUUAUGGAACGUUCGUCCUUCAGCUUAAAGAAUCCCGCAACGAAGGCGCCAGAAGAGAUAUGGUGCAGCCGGUCUCCGCCAACUUCACGGCAUAAGAUCCUUGUAUUAUAUCAAAUCGAUCCAGCUUUGAAUCUUCCUUUAGUGUGUACACAAUGCUAAUGUUCCAGUUUGAAAGCAGUUGUGCAAAAUGUGCCUUUCGCUGCUUUUAAUUCAUAAUCUGACAUAGCACGCCACAUGUA